GUAAUGAACAUUUACAUUUGCCUAAACUGUAAGUUUUGAUAAAAUCUUAUUUGAAACAAAUUCUGAGUUCAAAUCUUGAGAAUUUUAUAUUAAAUAUUCUCCAUUAAGCUAUGUAAAUAACAAAGCUCAAAGCAUAUUAGAAAAUAAGCCAUUUCUAAUGGACUGGACUCCCCAUUUGAACCUUAAUUUGAUUUAAAAUCCUGCCAUAUAAAAUAGAUGGUGUUUAUGUUUCUUUUAUUGCUAAGUGCAUUAGACUUACCUAUGAUACCGAUUUGAGACUAUAAUGCUAUUGAAUUUGACAAUCAAUUGAUGCCAUUAUAUUCAUCUUGAUAUCAAGUGCCUUUUGGUAAACAGGGACAUUCUGUUACUUUUCUUUUAUCCAAGGACUCCAGUCAACUCAGUGCUAACAUGUUAGUUUCCUAGUUUCUUUCUAAACUGAAAGCCAUGUCCACCUGUUUAUAUAUGCGUAGCUAAUACCAACUGAGAAUCUAUAGUUGAAAUUCUGCUCACUAGGCUAGUUACACAGAGAGCCUAAGUUGUCUGAAACAGGGGCUCAUGAAAAACAAUUUAUAACAGUUUUUGGACUACAGGAGAUCUGUGAAUAGUUGAGAUCAUUAUAGAUUAUAAAUCAAAGGUUUAGCAGUAUUGAUUGGAGCAGCUGUCACUCUGCAACAUGUGGUUCAGACCACAAACUCUUACCUUGAUUCAUGAGCAUACACUUUACAAAAGUAUUUCACCAGAAAUCCUUACAAUAGCACCACUCCUAGAAAGCCAGAUUAUCAAAUGCUAAAAGCAAAUUAUUCUGGAAGAGUUCAUUAUUGUAAGUCCUGAUGACUGUUGGUCACGUGCAGAGCUCGACUGUACAUGACUCGGACCCUUUGUAGCUAGCAUGACUUCAUUUGAAGUGCAAGUCCAUUCAUAAUGUGGCAUAUACACUGCCUUGUCCAAUGCCCAUUCCUGGAAGAGACAGGAAGGCUGAGGUCACAUGCAUAACUCAGGUCAAGUACGUGUUUUGUUUCUGCUCAAAUAGUUUCCACUUUGAAAUAAUCACAAAUGACUUCAUUACCCUUUCACCUGAUGAUGUAUGUGGAGAAAUUUGUUGCUAUUCUCUAUGAAAAUAUUGCAUUUUUAACUUAAUUUGGUUAAUUUUAGUAUUAAAACCAUGGAAAUGGUGAAAAUCAAGUGGGAUCAUUUUGGCAGUAAUUUUGAGACCCUGUCUGCCUGGAUAACAGAGAAAGAAAAUGAACUCAAUGCCUUGGAAACUUCACCAUCUGCCAUGGACAUGCAGAUCAACCAGAUCAAGGUCGCAAUUCAAGAAAUAGAAAGUAAGAUCAGCAGCCUUACAGGAUUAGAAGAAGAAGCUCAGUCUUUUGCUCAGUACGUCACCACUGGGGAGUCCGCACGCAUCAAAGCCAAGUUGACGCAAAUAAGAAGGUACUGGGUAGAACUCCAAGAGCAUGCACAGUGCCUGGAAGGAACGAUCCUGGGCUACUUAACGCAGCAGCAGAAGUUUGAAGGGAAUCUUAGAAAGAUCCAGCAAUCCGUGUCUGAAUUUGAAGAGAAGCUAAUGGAUCCAAUUAAAAUAUGUUCUUCAGCUACAGAGACGUAUAGAGUUCUCCAAGAGCACAUGGAUCUCUGUCAGGCCCUGGAGUCUCUAAACAGCACAGUCACCACCUUCUCAGCCAGUGCCCAGAAGAUGGUGAACAAAGAAUCCUGCAUCCAGGAAGCUGUGGCCCUACAGCAGCAGUACGAGGGGACACUGAGCAAGGCCAAAGAGAGACAGGCCGCCCUGAAGGACCUGCUGUCCCACUGGCAGAGGCUGGAGAAGGAACUAUCGUCCUUUCUGACCUGGUUAGAGCGAUGUGAAGCCAUAGCCAGUUCCCCAGAAAUGGACAUUUCUGCAGACAGAGUCAAAGCAGAGAGUGAACUACAACUAAUACAGGGAUUGCAAGAUGAAGUUGUAUCCCAGGCCUCGCUGUACAGCAAUCUUCUGCAGCUGAAAGAGUCUCUGUUCUCAGUGGCCUCCAAAGAUGACGUGAAGAUGAUGAAGCUUCACUUGGAGCAGCUGGAUGACAGAUGGAGAGACUUACCACAGAUCAUUAGCAAAAGGAUUAAUUUCCUUCAGUCUGUUGUGGCUGAACACCAGCAGUUUGAUGAGCUGCUGCUUUCCUUCUCUGUCUGGAUUAAGCUAUUUCUUGGUGAACUACAAACUACUUCAGAGAUAAGCUUAAUGGACCAUCAGGUGGCUCUUACUCGGCACAAGGACCACGCUGCAGAAAUAGAGAACAAAAAGGGAGACUUGCAGAGUCUGCAAGGUCACUUAGCAAAGUUGCAGUCUCUGGGCCGAGCUGAGGACUUCCACCUCCUCCAGAGCAAGGCAGAUGACUGCUUCCAGCUCUUUGAGGAGGCCAACCAGGUCGUGGAGAGGCGGAAGUUGGCUCUAUCUCAACUAGCAGAAUUCCUCCGGAGCCAGGCAUCUCUGUCCACUCUUCUCCAUCGGCUCAGGCAAACCGUAGAAGGAACCAGCAGCAUGAAUAAGAAGCAGUCAGAGUCCUUAAAACAAGACCUUAACGACGCCAUUCAAGAUAUGAAAAAGUUAGAAUCCAGUGCUAUCAGUCUUGAUGGCACCCUUACCAAAGCCCAGUAUCACCUGAAAAGCAAGAGCACUGAGCAGAGGACUUCCUGCAGAGCCACUGCUGACCAGCUCUGUGCAGAAGUAGAAAGGAUCCAGAACCUUCUGGGAACCAAGCAGAGUGAGGCAGAUGCCUUGGCUGUGUUGAAAAAAGCAUUCCAAGAGCAGAGAGAGGAGCUACUGAAAAGCAUCGAGGACAUCGAAGAAAGGGCUGAGAAGGAGCGGUUGAGAGAACCCACCCGCCCCGCGCUGCAGCAGAGGUUAAGAGUGUUUAACCAACUAGAAGACGAACUGAACUCCCAUGAGCACGAGCUCUGUUGGUUGAAGGACAAAGCGAAGCAGAUUGCCCAGAAGGAUGUUGCCUUUGCUCCUGAAGUCGACAGGGAGGUAAACCGCCUGGAAGUCGCCUGGGACGACACUAAAAAACUGAUUCACGAAAAUCAGGGUCAGUGCUGUGGGCUUAUUGAUUUGAUACGAGAAUAUCAGAACUUGAAGUCAAUUGUGUGUAAAGUUCUGGAAAAUUCUAACAAUGCCAUUGCGAUGAGACCUACUAUCAAGGACCAGGAGGACCUUAAGUGGGCUUUUGCCAAGCAUGAAGCUGCUAAGAAUGAAAUGAAUUCUAAACAGAAAGAUUUGGACAGUUUUACCAGCAAAGGCAAACACUUGUUAUCUGAGCUGAAAAAAAUCCACAGUGGUGAUUUCAGUUUGGUGAAGAGAGACAUGGAGAGCAUGGUGGACAUGUGGCUGGAUGUAUCUGAGAAAAUUGAAGAAAACAUGGAUAGGCUGAGGGUAAGCCUGUCCAUCUGGGAUGAUGUCCUUUCAAGUAAAGAGGAGAUCGAUGGAUGGUCAAACAACUCUCUCCCACAGCUGGCAGAAAACAUCAGCAACCUGAACGACAGCCUCAGAGCUGAAGAAUUCCUGAAAGAAUUUGAGUCUGAGGUUAAAAACAAAGUCUUGAAAUUGGAAGAACUGCAUUCCAAAGUCAGUGAUCUUAAAGAACUAACUAAAACUCCAGAAACACCAACAGACCUUCAGUUUGUAGAAGCAGACUUAAGGCAGAAGCUGGAACAUGCCAAAGAGAUCACCGAAGAAGCAAAACUAACCCUGAAAGAUUUCACUACUCAAAGGACACAAGUGGAUAGAUUUGUCAACGACAAAACUACAUGGCUGAUCAAGGUGGAGGAAUCGCUGAUGAGCUGUGCCCAAAGCGAGACUUGUGAAGGGUUGAAGAAAGUAAAGGAUAUACAAAAAGAACUUCAAAAUCAACAAGGCAGCAUCAGCUCCACCCAAGAAAACCUCAACAGCUUGUGCCGGAAGUACCACUCAGUGGAGCUGGAGAGCCUGGGCCGGGCCAUGACUGGACUAAUAAAAAAGCAUGAAGCCGCGAGCCAGCUGUGCUCCAGAACCCAAGGCAGCUUGCAGGAUUCUCUGGAAAAACAUUUCAAUGAUUCUAUGCAGGAAUUCCAAGAAUGGUUUUCAAAAGCAAAAGCAGCAGCCAGAGAAUCAUCUGAUCAAAGUGGUGACAGCCAAGUUCUGGAGGCAAGGCUCCAUGACCUUCAGGGUGUCCUGGAUUCAGUUGGUGAUGGGCAGAGCCAGCUCGAUGCAGUGACUCAAGAAGGACAAACUUUGUAUGCACAUUUGCCCAAGGAGAUCGUCAGCAGCAUCCAGGAGCAAAUCACAAAGGCCAAUGAAGAGUUUCACGCCUUCCUGAAACAAUGCCUUAAAGACAAGCAGGCUCUCCAGGACUGUGCUUCUGAGCUGGGGAGCUUCGAGGAUCAGCACAGAAAACUGAAUUUAUGGAUUCAUGAGAUGGAAGAAAGGUUAAACACAGAAAACUUUGGAGAGAGUAAACAGCAUGUUCCUGAGAAGAAAAAUGAAGUUCAUAAAGUUGAAAUGUUUCUGGGAGAAGUCCUGGCUGCCAGAGAGUCCCUUGACAAGCUCUCCCAGAGAGGGCAGGUUCUCAGCGAAGAAGGCCAUGGUGCAGGGAAGGGAGGCCGCCGGUGCACCCAGCUCCUCACCAGCUACCAGAACCUUCUCAGGGUGACCAAGGAAAGACUAUGUACCUGCCAGCUGGCCCUGCAGGAGCAUGAGGCUCUGGAAGAAGCCCUGCAGAGCAUGUGGUCCCGGGUGAAAGACAUUCAAGACAGGUUGGUCUGUGCAGAGAGCACCUUUGGGAGCAAGGACACCUUGGAACGACGGCUGUCACAGAUACAGGACAUUCUCCUGAUGAAAGGUGAAGGAGAAGUAAAGUUGAACAUGGCCAUUGGCAAAGGGGACCAGGCCUUGAGAAGCAGCAACAAGCAGGGGCAGCAGGCAAUCCAGGCUCAACUAGAAACCCUCAGACCAUUGUGGGCUGACAUCAUGAGCUCUGCUGUUCAGGCACAGAGCACCCUGGUAUCUGUGAUUGGCCAAUGGGGUGACUGUCUGGAGAGGAGAAGCCAGCUGGAGCAGUGGAUGGAAUCAGUGGACCAGAAAGUUGAGCAGCCCUUACAGCUGCAGCCGGGGCUGAAGGAGAAGUUUUCCCUGCUGGACCAUUUCCAGUCCAUCGUCUCUGAGGCGGAAGAUCAUGCUGGAGCUCUGCAGCAUCUAAUGGCUAAGUCCAGGGAGCUGUAUGAGAAGAGUCAGGAUGAAUCCUUCAAGGAAGCCAGCCAGGAGGAGCUAAGGACACAGUUUCAGGAUAUAAUAACUGUGGCCAAGGAAAAAAUAAGGAAAGUGGAAGACAUUGUGAAAGACCACCUCAUGUACUUAGAUGCAGUCCAGGAUUCACAGAUUGGCUCCAUUCAGCGAAGGAAGAGCUUCAUCGUUGGUCAGAUGUGUCUGGGGAUUCAUCAGCUACCCAGAAAAAGCUGUUGAAAAUUAAGGAGCUGAUAUAUUCCAGGGAGAUCGGUGCAGGCCGCCUGAGCAGAGUGGAGUUGCUGGCCCCAGCAGUGAAACCGAACACAGCUGCCAGUGGGUGUGAGCUCAUGCAAGUAGAGAUGCAGGCCCUGCG